AUGGCGAAUACGCUCAAGGAGACGGGUUGCGAUACUAUCUGUUUAGUUCCGCCAGCGCAUAAGGACAAGCAUGAUAUCUGCGUCGAACUAGCCCAGGCCGCGAAGAAGGUUGGCAUACAGAACGUGUUGCUCAUCAAUUGUACAGGCACCGACUACGCGGAUCCCAAACGUCAGCCUCCUCCGAGUUCAUCGAGCCUGAGAGUCUGGACUUGUUUCCUAAGGGGGACCCGUCGGCUCCGCUUAGACAUUUACCCUGCAGCGGGUUUCUAUGCUGAGAUCAUACUGCUCUAUGCGCCGCAAGCACAGUCCGAGGGCAGUCUAACACUGCCUAUUGGGAAGAACAUAAGUUUGUCCUGGUAG